GAAUUCUUGGAGUGGUCCCAACUCGCAUAUUAGCUUAGUUUCCAACAAUUUCACGGUUUUGGAAAAUUUUCGCCGUUUCGCUAUUUUCGCAAUUUUCUUUAUAAACAUGAGUCUGACUAAAUUAGCAAAUCUAACUUUACAAUUUGUUAGAAUGGAGGAAGGUUUGUGUUUUCCGGAUUUGCAAAAUCCGGCAGAUCAACUUCAAACCUCGUUACGACUUGGAUACGAUUUAUUCUUAGUUUUUUAUGAGAUUGUGACUUUUCUCAUUUACUGGAAAAGUUUUAUAUUUCUUGGAAUUGUGGGAUAUUUGUGGUACUACUUUUUUUGCCGGCCGUUCGACAGAUAUCGGGACAUGACCGAGCUGGGGUAUGACGAAGCAAACACUCGCCAAGAUGGGAAUAACCUGGCCCGAAUGAAUUUCAUAAAUGAUAUGAAGAAAGCCCGAAAAGUCGGGGUUGCCACGGCCCUCUACCCGAAUGGAUGGUUUGUCAUCAUGGAGAGCAGAUUUCUUAAGAAAAACGAGGCCAAGGAAGCAAAUUAUUUCGGCAAGACGUUCGUAGUUUGGCGGGGUGCUAGCGGACAGGCUUACAUCGCGGAUGGCUACUGUCCCCACAUCGGUGCCCACUUGGGCGUCAUGGGUCUCGUGAAGGACGAAUGCAUCGAGUGCCCAUUUCAUGGCUGGACAUUUGAAGGCAAAGGGGGAAAAUGUGUCAAAAUCCCGUAUGCGGAUCCCAGCUCAAUCCCGGACAAUGCUAAACUGAAACUGCACAGGUCAAUUGAAAUGAAUGGAUUCAUCUUUAUCUGGCAACAUGAUCAAGGCCACGAGCCGACUUGGACCCCACGAAGAAUCAAGGAGAUUGAAGAUGGUGCUUGGACGUAUAGGGGACGGUCAGAAUUUCGAGUUUCUGUUCACGCUCAGGAAGUCGCAGAAAACAUUGCAGACACCGGACAUUUCGCAAAACUCCAUGAAACCUCGUAUUUCGCCAAACUGAACUUCAACAACCGAAUGAUGGACUUUAUAUUCGACCAAGAGUGGAAAACUGGGUGGUACGUGAGUAAAGAAGAAAAUAAGGGGCACGAGUCUUUCAUGGAGGCUUCAAUCAUUCAUAAAAUUUUUAAACAAACUGUCCUCGAUACGUCGUUCCUGGGAAGAUCGGAGGGUCCCGGAAUCACUGCCUUUUUGAGCGAGCUUUUUGGCCCGUCAGCCUUCUUUUUGAUGGUCACCCCCAUCGGCCCCUUCGAGACGCGGAUGAUCAAGCACAUGUACAGUAAACCAACCCUUUUAGCACAUCCCUUCGCCCUUGCGGUGCUAUACGUGGAGUCCAUGCAGAUUGAUCGAGAUUGUGAAAUUUGGAAUCGGAAGACUCGCUGGGGAAGUCCCAUGUUAAUCAAAGAAGACAAAUUGGUUAGAAUGCAACGCCGCUGGUAUGCCCAAUUCUACUCGAAACCAUCCGAAAUCACGUGGGAUGUUGAAGAGGAAAAGAAAAUUGAUGACGAAAUAAUGUAGACAAAAAUGAUGACACUUAUACGUAAACGCAAAUCAGUGAAAAUCAAUAAUUUCAAAAUGAUUAAAUUAUGUAUUUCCAAUUCUUAAAAUUAUUCACAUUAAACAAACUCUAAUUCAAAAACAA